CACACACACACACAACCUGUCAGAAACACCGCUCAGCUGGAGGAACAGAGCUGAAGGAAGGUUUUCCUGCAACACGGCGAGUAUCACUCUGAGCCCCGCGACAAGAUAAACAACACUACGGAACACUGUGAAUCCUCAGCAUUCACAGGCGGACCAGAUUCAUUUUAGGAGACAUUUCAAAUUAAUAAAACGAAGCAACAAACGAAGCUGUCUUCAUACCGAAUCAGCAAUGGUUUUGAAAAAGCUUCUGCGUUUCGGGAAACAGCUGCUGAGAGUGAAAGUUGUAAACUGCUCGGAGGAAUCGCGACUGUCCCGAUGUCUGAACACUUUUGACCUGGUGGCUCUUGGUGUGGGCAGUACAUUAGGAGCAGGGGUUUAUGUCCUGGCCGGAGCCGUGGCUCGAGAAAACGCCGGACCGGCCAUUGUGCUGUCUUUUCUCAUCGCGGCUCUGGCUUCAGUGCUUGCUGGUCUCUGUUAUGCGGAGUUUGGAGCCAGAGUACCCAAAACAGGAUCAGCGUACCUGUACAGCUACGUGACUGUAGGAGAGCUGUGGGCCUUUAUAACUGGCUGGAACCUGAUACUUUCAUAUGUUAUAGGGACCUCAAGUGUUGCCCGAGCUUGGAGUGCCACAUUUGAUGAGCUGAUUGGAAAACAUAUUGAGCAUUUCUGUCGCCAGUACAUGUCCAUGAAUGCGCCGGGCGUCCUGGCGGAGUAUCCAGAUAUGUUUUCUGUUUUCAUCAUCCUCACACUCACAGGCCUGCUGGCCUUUGGGGUGAAGGAAUCAGCCAUGGUCAAUAAAGUGUUCACCUGCAUCAACAUCCUGGUGCUGCUGUUCAUGGUCGUCUCUGGACUGGUCAAAGGGACCCUGAAGAACUGGCACCUGGACCCUGAUGAGAUCCUCAACGCAACCAACUCCACCCUUAAUGCCACGCAGCCGCUGCCAUCAGAAGAGAUGCUGGGUGAAGGUGGCUUCAUGCCUUUCGGCUUCACAGGGGUUUUAUCAGGAGCGGCGACCUGCUUUUACGCCUUCGUUGGCUUCGACUGCAUUGCAACUACAGGUGAAGAGGUAAAAAACCCUCAACGAGCCAUUCCCAUUGGGAUCGUCUCCUCGCUCCUCAUCUGCUUUGUGGCAUAUUUUGGUGUAUCAGCCGCGCUCACCAUGAUGAUGCCCUAUUACAUGCUGGAUAAGAACAGUCCUCUUCCUGUGGCGUUUAAAUAUGUUGGUUGGGAAGGAGCUACAUAUGCUGUGGCGGUGGGGUCUCUCUGCGCCCUGUCCACCAGCCUGCUUGGCGCCAUGUUCCCCAUGCCCCGUGUCCUGUGGGCCAUGGCUGACGAUGGCCUGCUCUUCAAAUUCAUGGCUGGGAUCAGCGAGAGAACAAAAACACCCAUAAAAGCCACUAUAAUGUCCGGCUUUCUUGCAGCAAUCAUGGCUUUCCUGUUUGACCUGAAGGACUUGGUUGAUCUGAUGUCUAUAGGGACUCUUCUGGCUUACACACUGGUUGCUGCCUGCGUUCUAGUACUCAGGUACCAGCCGGAGCAGUUUUCUCAAACAUAUCACAUAGCCAACACACAUGAAGACAUGGAAAUGAGUGAAACCAUAAGCACACCCAGCAUGGGGAUCCUGCCCGGUGUAGAGGAGCGUUUCAGCUUCAAAAACCUGCUCUUUCCAGACAUCACCGAACCCUCCAACCUGUCUGGAUUCAUCGUUAACAUCUGCGCCAGUCUCCUUGGUCUGCUGAUUCUCAGCUUCAGUCUGUUGGCGGUUCGGGGAGGAACAGCAAGCUGGAAUAUCAUUACUCUCGCUGUCCUGUUCGGCCUGUGCGUCAUUGUCACAUUCAUCAUCUGGAGGCAACCUGAGAGUAAAACCAAGCUCUCUUUUAAGGUUCCUUGCCUUCCCUUCAUCCCGGUGGUGAGCAUGUUUGUCAAUGUCUACCUGAUGAUGCAACUGGACAGAGGCACCUGGAUACGAUUCGCCAUCUGGAUGUCUAUAGGACUCGUAAUCUACUUUGGCUAUGGGAUCUGGCACAGCACCGAAGCCGCUCUGGCCCAUUCCAGUAUGGACGAAGAGUUGAGUGUGUACAAACCCGCCUGCGGUCUCAACCGAGACAGCGUGACCCCGGAGAAAGAGGCUUUCCUCUGUAACGGCCACGGGUCACAGGUAGAUGAUGAUGGAGAUAUCUAAAUGAGGAACAGUGUUGUUAUAUACUCAGACUUUACAUAAAGCACUCCGCCGGGAGGUAGUGAGGAGCACGGGUCGCUGGAGUCUAAUCUGGUGGAGCUCGAUGACCGAUUUAAACCAAUGUCACUUCCGUGUGGAGUCGUCGGAGGGUUCAAUGCGCACUACAUAGGUGGAAGUAUUUGAAUAUUCACACAACUCUAGGGCUUUGUUUUUCUUCUACUUCAGAGAUCUUAAAGAAAACCAAACAGGCACAGGACCUUUUGUUGAGAAAACAAACAAACAAAAACAGAAACAAAUGUGAGCUGCAGUAUUUCGAACUUGUGCCUUCUGUCUUACUUUUACAAAAGUACAACCUCAGUUGUGAAAAUGCUGAGACAUUUUUUUUAAAAAACGCAAGUAAAUCGUGAAUAUGUGUUUUGUUAAUUGUGUUUAACCUUUAUUUUCUAAGGAAAAAUACUUACUUACUCCAAAAGCCGUUUAUAUCGAAGUUGAUAUUUAAGCCCUAUCCCAAUUCUACCCCUUAGCUCUUCCCCUUACCCCCUUAGAAUUGGGACACCCCUACCCCUUCACAUGAACACGCAAACAAGGGGUAGGGGUGUCCCAAUUCUCUUUAGCUUGAAAGCGUAGGGCUAAGGGAAAGGGCUAUAUACUCCUCGAAACUGAGAUUUUUCAGGACCUCACUCAAAAACCAAGGGGUAAGAAAUUUUCCCAGAAACACCAUCUACAACGGCAGCAUGGCUGCACAGGAAAGUAAAGAGAUGCACAAAUUAGCAUUUUUUGUCAUUAUUACGAAUUUUUACAACAAACAAGCAUAUGUUUUAAUACAUUCAUAACCACGUUUGUGUUUUACCAUCAUGCUUUAAAAA